UUGAAAGUAACAACGCUUUUUGAAUUACUCAAACAAAAUGUCUGGACGCGGAAAAGGAGGCAAAGUUAAGGGAAAGGCAAAGUCCCGUUCGAAUCGUGCCGGUCUUCAGUUCCCAGUAGGCCGAAUCCAUCGUCUGUUGAGAAAGGGAAACUACGCGGAACGCGUCGGAGCAGGAGCCCCUGUCUAUCUGGCAGCUGUGAUGGAAUAUCUUGCUGCUGAAGUUCUGGAAUUGGCAGGAAAUGCUGCCCGUGAUAACAAGAAAACCAGAAUCAUCCCACGUCAUUUGCAACUGGCCAUCCGCAACGACGAGGAACUGAACAAACUACUGUCGGGAGUAACCAUCGCCCAGGGUGGUGUGCUACCAAACAUUCAAGCUGUUCUACUCCCCAAGAAAACCGAAAAGAAAGCCUAAAUUGAAACUGAGUCACGCUACAACCGAAA